ACCGACAUUAAUUUGACAUAUCACCUUGUUAACAUAACCUAAUUUAAUUGAUCAAAAAUUGUCUCGUAUUAAGAAAAAUGACUUUAUAUCAUUUUGGAAAUUGCGUAGCUCUAAUAUACGUGCCAUAUUACCUCACCUACAAAUACUCAGGCUUAUCCGAAUAUGGAGCUUUUUGGAAAUGUAUUCAAGCAGGGUUCAUUUAUAUGGCUACGCAGUUGGUUAAAAUGUUGAUUUUGGCAACUUUUUUCCCCGAUAAUGACGCUGAUUUGGGUAGUGAUACUUUGGGGGAAUUUUUAAAAACAACGGUUGAUUUAAUUGAUUUGGGUGGAUUAUAUGUUGUUUUAAACAGUAUUCCUGGUAAAGGACAUAGUAAAGUGUUGACUGCUGGAAUUGGUUGGGCAACCGCGGAAGUUAUCUUAUCUCGAGCACUUUUAUUAUGGGUAGGAGCUCGAGGGGCUGAAUUUGAUUGGAAAUACAUUCAAAAAUGUUUGGAAUCAAAUGUUUCUUUGGUUCAUUACAUUGCUACAGUUACUUUGGUGUGGAUGUGGUCAAGACAUGAUUUAAAAAGCAAUUUAAAACCAAUCGUAACUGCUUUAUUAAUAGUUUCAUCUUAUAAAAACCUACUUUUGGAUAUGCUUUUUGAAGUGUUAAUAACAGGUCCUUGGAUUGCGUUAUUUAUUAAAGCUUUUGUUACUUCAGUUUUAAGUGGAAUUACUUUGGUUAUUUAUACAGGUUUAGCUCAACAUAUUGGAAUAUUUUAAAACAAACUUUAUUUUUAUUUAUGUUAAAAUUAAAUUAAACAUUUGUGUUCCCAAAGCA